AUGAAUUUUGGAUAAAAUAUUGCAUCGUUUCAUAAAGUUUAAGAUGUCCAAUAUCUGCAAUCAAAUAUAAUAAGUGUACAAUUCCUGGAUGUUUGUCUAGUCAGGAUGUUGUUAUGGGAGCAGAUGCCACAAGAGAUUUACAUUUUAACUGACUGGUGAUCAGAUUAGAGGAGAUUAGAGAGAAACUUCCUCUAGGAUCAAACUGACAGGAAAACUGGCCAUGUGCAGGAGAGGCUUGCAAAGCAUGUAGUGUUCAACCCCAGAAACAACUUAUCAUAUAAGAUUUUAUCUGCCAAUCAGCUUGUUCAAUUUGCUUUGAAUAUGUGCUGUUUCUAUAAAACUGUCAGAUGUAACUUAAUCUGUAAAAAAUAAUUUGUGCCCUUUUCACUCUAGUUACACAGUAAAAUGCAGUGCAAUCUGGUUAAAUUUGCGUGAGUUCUACUGGGUUUUAGACCAUGCCCUCACCAUGUCAAUUUUUUUAAAAAUAGGGUAUUUAUUAAUAAUCUAAUUAAUUCCUCAUUUUAUUCGUUCACUUUUGUUUUGCCAUUUUUUCUCUGGCCCUUAUAUGCAUUAAUUUCUGAAAACUUUGUGGGUUUUUGUGUCAGGGAGAAAAGCGACCCAAUGGUUUGGUGUGCCACUGUGUCGGAUUUAUUAGGAAAUGUACCCCUGGGCGGCCUUGUUAUUUUUGGAUUGUUCCUGAGUCUAGUGAAAUUCUGGAGCAUAAGGGUUUACCAAACUCAUCCACAGAUCUGUAGGUGAUGCUUUGGUAUUAAUUGAAAUUAUCAAUGAGAUCAAAAUAAAUUAUGUCUCUCCUGGAAACGUUUUUGGAAAGUAAUUUUAUAUACAUUUCAUUUUAUUACCUACAGGCAAAUGCUAAGCAACUAUCCUGGACAGUUUUUUAGUAUGUUAAUAAACCGGGCAGUGAGCAGCAUUAUAUCUAAAGCAGAUGAGCAGGGUUGUGUUGAGUCAGCACUGGAUACUGUCUGUGUAUGAAACAUGGGACAGGAAGUCUGGAGUCGGUCUCGCAUUUCCUGGGGAGAAAAAGCAGCCUGGGGACCCACAGACACCGGCCCUGCUGUCACUUUAACAUGACAGUGUUAGUCUUCUAGACAAGUACUUGUAUUGGUUUAAAACCUAAAACUGAAGUAUCUUUAGCAAAGAUAUGCCUAAAUGUAGAAGUAGGUAAGUAGAUCAAAAGUAGAUGAGGUGAAUUAAAAUGUAUUCUAUAUGAUAAUCCAUUGCAGUGUUUCCUGUACUGCUAAAUCUACAUAAUCGUGGCAAAAACGAAUAAAAAAUCCAUAUUUGACCCUAGUGCAAAAUAAAACAAAGACAGCAUGUCGUUCAAUGUUGUUGUCUUUGUGGUUGCUUGCAAAAAUCAACAUAUAAAAACAACCUUUGUAGCUUUAUGAGGUCAGAAAAACUCACUUAAUCAAGUCAGCAUUAUGUCCAUUCAUGUCAAUGAUAAUUUAAGCAACAGCAGUGAACCUAGUUAAAAUUAUACAUGCUGAUAAAGAAUUUUGUAGGAAGCACUGAUCCAUUCAUUGCUUUGCUUGUAACUUUACAAUAUUGUUUCAUAUUCCUGCAUUACAGCUGAUGUGACAAUCACAGGAGGUCACAUCUGGCCUAUUGUAAGAGAUAUUUAACUGGAAAUCGGGUGAAUGAAGCAUGAAGCUACUUCAAGGGGCAAGUUCUAGCCUAAGGCCUUACUUGGAUGUCUAUGGAACCCGGCAGUGUCUACAAGGGGUCACCCACUCAGACACGGGCAACCAAACCCUGUCAGGCAGAUUAUUUAUGAUAUUUAUUAUUUAUGACAUUGCAGAGACUGUUUUACCACUGCUGCUAUUCAUGGAACCGCAGUGAUUUUUAGAAAGCAGAAGGCAAGUGGUGAUGAAUGGACAUUAAAUCAAGUAGCCAAAUAUCAGUGUCACUGUAUGGAGUUUGACCUACAUAUCACCCAACAACCCUUUGAGACAUUAGACCGAUCUCAAAAUACAGCCCUACUAGUAUUAGUGAUGAUUUUGUAGUGUCAUAUAAAGGAUAAAUGUUUCUUUUUUUAUUGUCCAGAGGCAGGAUGGAAGAAGCAGAACUCUUAAAGGAGCGCCUUCAAGCUAUUACGAAUAAGAAAAAAAUCCAAGAAGAAAUUGCCCACAAACGGCUUGAGAUUGACAGAGAGAAGCUAAAGCUUCAACAUGUCAAGAAAAGAUCAAUGAGAGAUCUGUGGCUCAUGGAUGGAAUAAACAGCAGUAAUGCACAGGAAACACAAAAAGCUCUUGAAGAUGCACAACAAACUAAGCACCUCAAGAGCACCAUACAUCGGAUAGAGAAAGAGAUUGAAGCGUUGGAGAGAGAGGAAAUGAACAUCUCAACAAAUGAGGGGCUGAUUCUAAAGAGGCUCAAAGCCAUUGAAAAGUCUCCAGAGGACAUCAUUAAGGCAGUGAAUGCAGAUUUCACAUCAGAACCGAUCUAUAUUCAUUCAACAAUUCCAAACAUGCGAAAGCCCAGCAUGACCCUAAUAAAUCAGAGGAAGAAACAAGACCUGGAAACUGAAGCAAAAACCGACCAAGCCAAACCUGCUUUGUUCGCCAUGGAAAUUAACGUCCAGAAGGACUUGCGCACAGGUGAAAGCCACGUCCUCUCCACCUCCACCAUUUCUCCCCAAGAGCUCCAGCAGAAAGGCAUCAAAGUCUAUGACGAUGGCCGGAAGUCCGUCUACGCCCUGCGUACAGAUGGCCACCAGCCUGGUGCGAACGGAGUGGAUGAACUCAGUCCUGUUGAGGUCGAGCAGCUGCUGAGACAGGCAUCUGAGAAAAAGAAGAGGUCCAAUCAGGUUCAGGUUCCCUACAACCUCUCCCAUGAGGCCAGUAAAGUCAGAGAGAGCCACGAAUCCAACGGAUACCAAGAUCCAUAUAGCGUCGACUUAUUAGCAUGGCCUAAGCUUGUGUACAAUGAUGGUGUGUGCUAUCCAGAGAACGUGGGUCAUGGACUUCCUCUCCUGCCAAUGCCUAAUUACAGUGACAGACCAGACGAAUACUAUCAAAACAAAGGGGAAAGACACACGCAUGGACAGUAUUACAACCAAAGAGAGAACCACCAGGGAAUGCGACUUUUGGAUUGUGACAUCAGAAACCACAGCCCGUGUUCGGCCUACUCUGAGGACUCCAAACUCAGCGUCCUGAACGCCAUGUCAUCGGACGAGCCCGUCACCAUGAUCUUCAUGGGAUACCAGAAUGCCGAAGAUGACAGCCAGAGCUAUGAGGGCUCGGUUCAGGCAGAGCUGGUGAUCAUUGGAGACGGUGAAGAUGAAGCGAGCAAGAGCUUGAACCCCCAUCAAAACUCCAAUGCCUUUAUCUGCUCUGCGGGACGGAAGGGCAAAAGAGACGGCACGGAGGACCCGUCCACUACAGGUACCCCAAAGAUUAAAAAGGUCAAAAGGAGACACAAGCCCUGCUGUGUGUUGAUGUAGUUUCACUAACACGCUAUCAGCUCUUCUGUGAUGCAGCUUCUCACCAGACUGGCUUCUCUCGCUCUGCAUGCUGGACACUGCUGUCUUACGUUGUGGUUUUCAGUUUUUCAGUGUCUU